AUGCAUGGUGGAAGUAUUAGUACAAACUGUGGAUUAAUCAAUGUAGUUGGGGUAGUGGAGAAGAAUGAGCCACAUCUGGAUCGUCUAUUACAACGUUUUUGGGAAUCUGAAGAAAUUGACAAAGCGCGUGUAAGAACAGCUGAACAGCAACGUUGUGAAGACAUUUUUCUGCAGAUACAUUGCCGCCUCCCUGGAGGUUCUUUUCAAGUGAAUAUUCCUUUGCGCGAUGGAACUGAACAUUUAGGUUCAUCAAGAGCUAUAGCAUUGCAUAGAUUCCGGCAAUUAGAACGUCGUUUUAUGCGCGAUCCAGCAUUGAAGGAAAAAUACUUUGUGGCUAUCAAAGGAGCUUUUAAAAGCUGGUCAAAUGAAGUUGGCGAAUCGAUUACCAAAUCAAUUGUGUUAUUAUAUUCCCCAUCAUCCAGUGUAAAAAAAGUUUCGAAUAGUAAAUGA